GCCGGGCAACCUGAGAAAGAAGCCAGGGAGAGGCCGGAAGCGCUCGGAAGUCAGGUGCUCGCCCGGCCGCGCGAGCGAUUGGCUUGGAGGGACGUGAAUGAUGCCGCUGUGAUUGCUGAAUUGUCUGGGCAGGGUUGGAGUCUCUGGUAAGCUCCUCUGACCCGGGCAUCCUUCUGGAGAGGAAGAGGAGGAAGAGGCCUGCUUUGUCUGGAACUGAGUGGUCCCAUCUCCAUCCGGAGCCCUGAAUGCCCACCUCCGGUGUCGUCAACAUGGAGUUCUGAAGUCCAUGUGGCUCCUCACAGUGAACCAGGUCCUAAGGAAAAUGCAGAGACGCCACAGCAGCAACACAGAUAACAUUCCACCUGAAAGGAACCGCAGCCAGGCGCUCAGCCCCGAGGCGAGUGUGGAUGAAGGGGGCGUCUUUGAGAGUCUGAAGGCAGAGGCGGCCUCCCCGCCGGCGCUCUUCUCGGGCUUGUCCGGCCUCCCGCCCGCCGGCCUGCCCGCCACCCCGUUCCCCUCCGGCCUGGUGCUGGGGGCCUCGGCCGGCGGCGGGGACGUCUUCAUCCAGAUGCCCGCGUCCCGGGAGGAGGCGGGGGGCCGCGGCGAGGGGGGCGCCUACCACCACCGCCAGCCCCACCACCACUUCCACCACGCGGGCCACCGCGGCGGUUCGCUGCUGCAGCACGUGGGCGCGGACCCCCGCGCGCACGCGGACGAGGGGGGCGACGAGCAGCCGGGCACGCCCGCCCCCGCCCUGUCCGAGCUCAAGGCCGUGGUCUGCUGGCUUCAGAAAGGGCUGCCCUUCAUCCUGAUCCUCCUGGCCAAAGUGUGCUUCCAGCAUAAGCUCGGCAUCGCCGUGUGCAUCGGGAUGGCCAGCACCUUCGCCUACGCCAACUCCACGCUCCGAGAACAGGUCUCUCUGAAGGAGAAGAGGUCGGUGCUGGUCAUCUUGUGGAUCUUGGCCUUCCUGGCGGGGAACACCCUCUAUGUGCUGUACACAUUCAGUUCCCAGCAGCUGUACAACAGCCUCAUAUUCCUGAAGCCCAACCUGGACACGCUGGACUUCUUCGACCUGCUGUGGAUCGUGGGGAUUGCAGACUUCGUCCUGAAGUACAUCACCAUUGCCCUCAAGUGCCUCAUCGUGGCCCUGCCCAAGAUCAUCCUGGCCGUCAAGUCCAAGGCAAAGUUCUAUCUGGUCAUCGAGGAGCUGAGCCAGCUGUUCCGAUCGCUUGUCCCCAUCCAGCUGUGGUAUAAAUACAUCAUGGGUGAUGACUCCUCCAACAGCUACUUCCUAGGAGGGGUCCUGAUCAUUCUCUACAGCCUCUGCAAGUCCUUCGACAUCUGUGGCCGUGUGGGCGGGGUUAGGAAAGCCCUGAAGCUUCUCUGCUCCUCUCAGCAGAAUUACGGCGUCCGCGCCACCGGGCAGCAGUGCACAGAAGCUGGCGAGAUCUGUGCCAUCUGCCAGGCUGAGUUCCGGGAGCCUCUGAUCCUCAUGUGCCAGCACGUGUUCUGUGAGGAGUGUCUCUGCCUCUGGCUGGACCGGGAGCGCACCUGCCCGCUCUGCCGCUCGGUGGCCGUGGAUACGCUGCGCUGCUGGAAGGACGGGGCCACUUCGGCCCACUUCCAGGUGUAUUAGGGCUGACGACUGAGGCGUCAGAGCUCCCAGCCCCCCUGGGAGAGGACGGGGUUCCAGCUCUGGGGCCUCCCUGGAAGACAGCCUCGAGCACUUACUCUCCUGCCUCCACCUUUCUCCGCCUCUUUCCCUAAAGCCAGGCCCCGCCCUCCCCACCUGCCCUUCCUCCCUUGCCCUCUGGCAUAGUGCGGGCAUCCUUCCCCUACAGAUGGGGAAGCCUCCAGCUCAGACUUGAUCUCCGCCCAGACAGGUCUCCCAUCUCCCCUCCAAGGCAAGGAACCAGAAUAGACAAGUCCCGCCUGUUGGUUAUUUUAACUCCUGGCGGCCUUAAUGAGGAUGCCGCAAACUGGGGAGGGGCCUAGAGAUCACGGCCUCCCCACAGUGGUCCAGGGCUGCAGAGUAGAAUCACUGUGAAGUAUUUUCCCAAUACAAAUGCUGGGCUCCACCUUAUGCCUGCAAUAACUAGUGUACCACACACUUAGUGUGAGCCAGGCACGGCCUCCAGCAUCCUGCUCGGAUGACCUCCUGGAAUCCUACAGCAGCCCUAUGGUGCAGAUACUGUUUCCUCUAUUUUACAGAUGAGGGAACUGAGGCACAGAGCUCCAUGUGGUACCUUUCCCAGGGUCUUCCAGCUAGCAAUGGUGGACCAAAUUUCCCCCCAGGCUUGGCUGACCUCAGAGCCCGCACUCUUAACCACUGUGCUGACCCGCCACUCAGCCCCUGCAGGCAUGGGACCCAGCAGGAUGUGGUUUUUUUAACAGCACAAGAGGUGAUUUUGAUGCCCCUUAGUGGCCCAGGUGCACAGCGUGUUCUUUUGGACUGCACUGAGAAUGCUAACGGUGAACGCGAGCUCCUGAAAUCUCGGUGUGGCUGGGCCAUGGAAAGGCUGAGUCCUUAAGAUUGCUAUUUUGCUGGGCUCUGCCUGGGAUGCUCCAUCACGUUUGGGUAUCAAGAAAGGCCAAUUUUGGUCCAACCACAGAUAUCCCUGGGUCUCCACACCCAUCUUUAUUUCUCUCCUCCUCCUCCUCCUGUUCUUGUCCUCUCCCUCACUUAAGCCUUGGGCUUGUCAGCAGCUCCCGUGGCCAUCACCUCCCCUGGUAACCUUCAGAGCAAAAGGGACGAUCCAUGUUAUGGAUUUUUCCACAAGCCGGGGUGGUAGCAUAGAGCACAGUAGCCAUCAGUGUGUCUGUAAUCUCUAUACCAGAGCUACUAAUAUCUACGACAGAACAACUUCUCCACCCGUGAGACCCUCCCUGCUUUUAAAAUCUGGGAGGAGAUGGCACAGGUGAUCAUUUAGAAGCCACUGGAAUCUUGCCUGUCCUACCCCUCUCCCAACUCUGUUCUCUCAUUGUCACCCUCAGCACAAUGGGCUAGCGCCAAUGGCAUUACAGAGAAAGCAGUCUGUGUGGCUACUGAGCAGAUUGGUGAGAACGCCCCAGGAGAAACGGUGGGAGCCUUGCUGCCACCUCGCUCUCAGCCAUGCCCACCCCAUCCGCAAUAAGAUUCAGGACAUUUGCCCUUAUGUGCUAUCCAGCCAGGACCUUUUCCUUUGUCUGACAUCUCUGGCUCUUUCCUGGUACCCAGCAAGACAUCCCUUCCAGGGCAGCACGGCGUCUUUCAAGCUCUGUUACUAUGGCAAUGGCCAUGCUGUUACAAUCCCAUUUGCCUGGAUAAUCAAGUCGAAAGGGGAUGCGGAGGGACACAGGGACAGGUGGAUGUGGCUGCUCUGUUCUCCCUGCCUUGAGGAACAACCGAAGGGAAGCAACAGGAGCUUCUGCAACUGGUUUUUAUCCGAAAGAUCUCCCUGCCUGCAGAUGCCAUCAAAGAGGCAGGAGAAAUUGGAGCCCGAGAAGACUUAUUACGGUGCCAGCAUGCGACAGAGCAGACAGAGCAGUCUGUUGGGAGUCAGGACUGGAAUUCUGAUUCCAAACUCUGCAUGACUUUGUGAAGUUACUUCACCUCCUGUAGCCAUCUCCAGGGUGACAAAACCUAGUGUAUUAUCUGUUAGAACCAGGGAAACUAACAAUGUAGAUUACUGGUGAAAACACCAGUGGUUUCGUCAAUUACACUCAAGCCACAAAUAUAUAUAUAUAUAUAUAUAUAUAUAUAUUCUAACAUUCUGCAAAUAACGAGCCAUGCCCUUGAUGCUAUAAAGAGUGUCUCAUGUAGGGGACACUCGGGGACAAGUGAGAAAGUGAGAUAGUUUAUUUAGGGUUUUAUUUAGUCAUUCCCAACUCUCUGGGGGGAAGUCCCAUCUGAAGGCUUUCUUUUGGGUGGAACGAUUGAACUUCUGCUCUAAGGAGGAACAGCAGCCAGUGCAGAGUUUCCCAGACGUCAGGCUGCGUGUAUUCCCCAACACAAGUGUAAAAGCAGCCAAGAGCCACUGUUCAAAGGAAGAACGAAGCCACUCUCCUUCGCCCAUCUUGGCUCGCAGCUCACGUAUUAGAAGCAGGAUUAAUCGAGUUUCAGAUCAGACUCUCCUGCUCUGAUUCACUGACUCACGUUCCGCGAAGUCCUUGCAAAUGGCCCCUAAUGUAAGAGAUCUCAAGCAUAAUAAAUGGGAGAGAAUAAAAGGGCACGCUUUGGACCUGGAUGAAACAGGUUCCUCACCUUCCUAAGAGGAGAGUGCACGAAGCAUUGGGACAUGUCCCGGCCACCAAGACUGGGGGCUGGAAAAGGGAAAUGGAAAGCGAGUCCUGGAAUCUCUUAGUACUUUUGCUCUGGGCUACACCGAGCCACCUUUGGUGUUUUUAAUGUCCCCUAAGUUCCCUUCUGCCAAUAAAUAUCAUCUGUCAAUGAAA